AUGCGAUCGACUACAACUUACUCAACCCUAUUGGGGUUAUUCGGUACGUUGAGUGUUUUAGGCGCACCAGCUCCCAUACCUCAAUCUGCUUCAGCUUCAAGUGCUACUAGCUCCGUCUCAGGAGGAGGAGGAGGAUCAUCUGGGUUCAGUUAUACUUGUUCUGGGGAUAAGGACUGGACAGACGCAGCCGGGAAUGCAUACAAAUGUCAGGGUGAUACUGUCUGUAAGGAAGGUGCAGCGGGCGGUCCAUGUGUCUGGCCAGAGGGCUACGGCGCAGGAUCAGUCGCCCUCGUACAGACCGACGCAGCUUUAGGGGGAGUAUCGACUUCCGUAUCUGCGGGAGGAAGUGUGUCAUCCGCUAUCCCCACACUCCCAUCAAAUAGUGCAACCCUCGGUGACUCUGUACAAUCUUCGGCUGCUGGAUCAGCACCUACCUCAACCAGUGCAACAGCAGGUACCGCUUUAUCCGCCAUCGGAGGGUCAGGUGCUUCGUCUGUCGUGGGAUCAGCUACUUCAGCAGCUUCCGCCUCUGUACCCAGCUCGUCAACAGCUUCUGGUAAUACCACUACUUCGUCGAAUUCCACUACUUCCUCGUCAAGUUCUGCAUCGGGCGGUACGAGAUUUGUUGGAUACUGGGAGAACUAUUCCAACCUCGGUGGAGUUGAGGCUACUCAAAUGGACGGCAUCACCCAUGUCAUCUUAUCCUUCAUCGACAUGAACUCGUGGAGUGCAUCCAGCGCCUCCUUCGCCGAAUCUUCCAACGGUAACUUUGACGCUACCACCGCUGAUACACUCAGGGGCAUGAAUUCUGGUGUUAAAGUCACUGCUGCCUUGGGUGGUUGGGGUUUAGACGAACCGAUCAAAACAGCUGCCGAUGGUGGUGAAGCAGCUAUCAAGACAUUUGUACAAAACGCUCAAAGUGUGGUUAAACUUUUGAACCUUGAUGGAUUGGACCUUGACUGGGAAUUCCCUACUGAAGCUCAACAGCCCGCGUUCGUCUCGAUGGUCAAACAGCUCAAAGCUGCUAUUCAAGAAGUCAAAUCUGAUGGCAUCCUCAGUGUAGCCAUUGGUUCACGAACCACUCAAAAGAGUCCAACUACUGGCGCUAUGGACGUGGACGCUAUGACUUCCGAUACGUUCAGUGAACUUAACGAUGUGGUAGAUAUGUGGAAUGUCAUGACUUAUGAUUUCGUCAACAGAUAUGAUACCAAGACGGGCCAUCAAUCAGGUGGUAAGGUCGUUGAAGACACCCCCAAAUUCUACGAAGGUGUAGGCAUCGAUUUACAAAAAGUUAAUAUUGGAUUCCUCAACACUGCCAAAUACUUUACUCUCACCGAGAGCUGUUCCGCCGCUGAACCUAUCGGAUGCCCGAUGGGAGGAGUGGACUUUUUCGAAACUGGCGAUAAAGAUAAUGGUAAAUCUGGUUGGCUACGAUACAACGCCGAAUUGGAUCAAGGUCUAGGUGAAUACGCAGCGAUGAAUGCCGAGAUGAGAUCAGAGUCUUGGGCAAAGAAACCUGACGAUAGUCAAACUGCUUUCGAAGCUGAAAAGGCUCAUGCGUGGUAUGAUGAAGACAAGAAGGUUUUCUGGACUUGGACAUCAGCAGAUGAUAACAAGGCGGUUUGCGAGGAAUAUAAGUCGAAAGUUGGAGGGAUGUUCGUAUGGUCAAUGAAUCAAGAUGAGAAUGGCAAAGCCGGUGGAAGUCAUAUGAAAGCCUUGGCUGAAUGUGUUAAGGGUUAA